CUCCCAUUCAUAAAUACCUAAAAGCCUUUUGAAAAUUCUCCACAUUCAAAAGUGAUCUCGGCAGGUUUUUCCCGUGGUUCGCCACUCUCCGCCUCUGGCCGGACCACGCAGGUAGAGCAGGGGGACUCCAUAGUUGGCCUGGACCAUGAGCUAUGAGUCUACCGUCUGGAACAUCCUACCAGAAAACUCUACUGAGGUACCGCACGAGGCGGAGGAGCAGCAAGAUGGCUACGUGCUUCUCCUGGUGAUCCUGUCCAUUUUCUUGGUGGGGACGUUGAUCUUCGCCUCCAUCCUCCUCAUCACCUGCCGCCGCUGCUGCCGUGGAGGAGAUCAUCAAUGCUGCGGCAGUGGCAGGGAUGAUGCCGAGAAAAACAACGCUACGUACGCGGAGGAGUCUCAGCCCACCCAUGAAAUCACCAUCAGGGUGGAUGAGUCUGAGUGCCUGUCAAUGGCCAGCUCCCACGACCAGGAGACGGAGCGAUUCCUCUCCACAGGGACCACGGGCCGUCGAGUUUCCUUCAACGAGGCGGCGCUCUUCGAUCACGGCAAGAAGGCCCAGGAGAAGGGUCGCAGAUACACACUGACUGAGGGCGACUUUCACCACUUAAAGAACGCCCGGCUCACGCACCUCCACAUCCCGCCCCCGGCGCUCAAGAUAGUCACCAUCCACGAGUGUGACUCGGCGGAGAAUACCAUCGCCAUGACAACACGCCCAGUCGCCAAGUCAGCCCUCUCCAUCUUCCAGCCAAUGCUGUGUCCCCUGCCGCAAACUGCACUGACCAGCUUGACCCCCAGUGGCAGCUGUGCUCUCCCCGGCGACUCCCUCAACUCAACUGUUGUGGACGCCAGCUUUUGUGCAAAUACUGCUGCUAAGACAAAUGGAGGCUCUACGGAGAUGAUCGCGGCAGGGCCCCGAGGCCAAGUCUGCAGCGUUAGCACAGAAGGGGGGACCACUCCCACCAGCACUGUCCCCCCUACGAGCAGCGGUGCAGGUGGCCAAGGUCCGGUACAGCAGUUCUUCACCAAACUGCGCCGUCACGCAAGCCUGGAGGGGGCCAGUCCCUAUUUCAAGAUUAAGAAAUGGAAGCUGGACAGCAGCCAAAGGGCUUCAAGUCUGGACAUGAGAGGCUCACCAAAGAGAAGGCAGUUCCAGCGCCAGCGGGCUGCCAGCGAGAGCAUGGACCAGGACGACAAUGACACGCACCACAUCGACCUCAUCCAGUACAUCGCCCGCACCCAAGACAUCGCCUAUUGUCCACCUCCAUCUGCACCACCCCCUUCCCUCGGCAGGGUAGAGGUAGAGGUGAUGGUGGAGCCCACCUGCGGCCACACAGGAUCAGGGGUGAUUGGGCUGUCCCCUGAUCCCCAAGAUGAAACGCUUUUCCUGGGGACAAGGGAAAGCUCUGAGCCUUUUGCACUCCAUGAUCCCCAGAGACUUUACAGAGACAUUUGGACUUUACGUGCAUCACUGGAACAAUACGCUGCCUCCGACCAGAGCAGCAAUAACGACAGGAACUCCGUCUGCAGCGAUGCUGACAGUGUGUGUACAGAAAAAGAAAGAGAAGAACUCCCCAGCUGCUUUUCCCAGGACUUAGGGGAUGAAACAGAAGGUGCAGAGGAUGACAAAGAGUUCAAGAUGUACAGGGAUAAUACAGUGGAUGCAAAAGGUGGAAGAAGUAGGAAACAACAAAGUACUGAAUCCGAGCGUGGCGGGAGCGACGGGGAAACAUCCACUCGUAAAUUGCUGCAAAUGGAUAGUGGCUACGCGUCAAUAGAGGCCCCAUCUCGUGGUCCUGAAGAUUUGCGGAUGUUUGGAAGCAGCAGCCCGAAGGAGAGAACAGCCCACGAGAAGAGGCAUCACUUCACUAAGGCAGGGCGAUCUGGCACGAUCGGUGAGAGCUUCGAGUCUCACCUCUAUGAGGAGGAGCCAGAUGAUGAGCAAUUACUGGGCGCUAGUGGAGGAGUUUACACAGAAACUGGUGCCGGUCCACAGAGCUGGUUUCCAUACGGCCAGAUGAUCACCCCUCGGGAGUCUUCACAACCUUCCACGCAACUUCCAAACGUUCAUCGGAGGGACUACAGCAUCGAUGAGAAAACCGAUGCUCUCUUCCACGAGUUUCUCAGACACGACCCUCAGUUUGACCAGCAGGAGAUACCGCUAAAGAAGUACCGGUCUCGCAUUCACCUUCGAAAACAGUGGCAGCGGCACAAGCAGUGGAGCGACCCCGGUGUCCGACACUUCCAUUCCUCUUUUGAGAGACAUCGAACUCCACUACGGAGGGGUGACAGUGUUAACUGCCCUAUGGAGACCAGCUACCAUAGUACGCUUCCCCGCAUUGUCAGCACACCUGACGAGGAGACCAGUGACGGUAGUACUCCCGAAAAUCCAAAGAUAGAGACUACAACUAGCAAGGUUGCAGGGAAGGACAGCGAGCAAGGUUCGACCAAAGACCAGAUAUCAUCAGCACAUCCUCAAUCCUCCAUCUCUGACAACAGGAAGCGUGAGCAUCCAGAGCCUCAAGACGACAACAAACCGCCAGGACACCCCGUAGAACCUUUAGAUCAGCAGUCGCCCCUUCAGCCGCCCGACUCCUCAGGCUAUGGCCCACAAACCAUCAUGGCAGAGCUGACGGACAAACUGACCAGUAACCUAGACGAAAGGCUAUAUACAGGCCUUCGAAGGACCAAGGACACAACGACCGAGUGUUUGACAGUGACGGCUACCCAUGCUUCUCCAGACCAUAGUCCGGUGUAGCUCCUCUUGUCUUUAUGGUUAACCCGAUAGCUGCUGAUACACAUCAACGUUUAGCCUCAGUUCUGAAGAGUCACAACAAAUUUUAAAUUUGAUCUAUCAACCGAUCCGGCGGUACAGUGAGGUUUGGUUUGCUAAGGUACAGUUGUUAAUGAUGAACCCUUAUUUACAUGUUUCAAAUGCAACAGUGUUAACCACAAUUAGAAAGUCUGGUUCUGAUGUCAUAUCAAAAAACAAGUGGAAUUUUUUGGACAGUUUUUGUGAGGAGUUUGCAUGUUCUCCCCGUGCCUACGUGGGUUUUCUCCGGAUGUUCCGGUGGUCUCCCACACAAAAACAUGCAUUAAUUGGAGAAUCUAAAUUUGCCAAUGGUCGGCUUCCAUGUGCCCUGCGAUUGGCUAGCAACCAGUUCAGGGUGUAAAGAUAGCUGGGAUAGGCUAAGCUGAUAAGCAGUACAGAUAAUGGAUGUACAGAGAGUUUUUUUUUUUUUUUGAAUUGAUGAAUUUUGUUUGUCUUGUCACACAUAAGUGACAAGACAGUACCCCUUUACAACUAUUAAGGGAAAGGAUGUAAAAAAAAAAUAAUAAUCAUAAUCAUAAUUAACCAUGACACCAAAAUAAAUCAAACUGUACCGCUUGGUGGAAAUUCAAUUGUUUUAGCUAUAUGUCAUUUUUCAGAUCACUGGUGAAAAAAACUCUGGAGUCGAAGGUAAUGUCUAAGUUGAGCAUUAAUCUUUUGUUUUCUGUUCCUUUUUAUGUAUGAAAUGUUAUGUUAUGGACUGGUGUAGCUGGUGCCGUGUGUGGCAAGUCAAGUGGUACAGGUGUAGACUAAUCUAUUGUAUGAAAAAAUACUAUUAGAGAUUAAGUUAUUUUAUUAUUAUUUAGAUUGAAUUUGUCAUAUUUAUACGACAGCAGGAGUUGUUUUAAAUCUGCUGUUGAAAGAAUGUGUUGAAAUUCUUUGACCCAAAUGUAAAAUGUCUUUCAGGAUACACCAAAACCUUCCAGGAAUUUUUAGCUUAAGUUAGUUGUUAGCUCACUUAUUAGCCUGAUCAUCUCUUGGGACUCAUUCCUUGACUGGUUUUGUACUUAACUGUAUCGAAACGGACACGAGUCAGAAGUUUGAGUCGCAUUCGAAAACUCUUACACUUUUUGUAGUUAGCUAGUUAGCUACUAGUGCUUCUUCUAUUAGAGCUCACUGGAAAAUGUCGCAUCAUUUCCCGGACGCUGUUGCUUCAGAUCGAAGAAUAAUGUAAUUUGCGAACCUUCAUACACGUUUUCCCACAAUCUGCUUCAACGUUGUUAUUCAUGACCAGCUAAAAAUAUUUUUGUACGUGUUUUGAGUGUGAACAUGCAAGACUUAGCAAUCCGUCGCUAAACUACAGACUGUGAAAGCUUAACAUGAGCUGUACGUCCGGUUCAGUCUGUUGCAGAUGUUGUCAUUUUUGUGAUAGCAGCAAGCUAAAAGGUUCGCUCUCACGGAUGUUUGUGGUUUUUUGUUUUUAUUUAAUUUUUUUUUUUUUUUUUUUUUAUGACAGGCAUGACUUCUUGUGCAUGAGGCCCAACAGAAAAGGCUUUAUUUGCCUUGCAUCGGACAUGGUUGUUUUUCCCGUUAUGCGUAUCCUCAGCUGCUCCUCAGGAAGUUGACAGCAGAGUGGGUGGCUGCCAAUUUACAAUACACCCAAAAGCCAGUCAUUUUUUAAAAUUUAUUUCAAUUUUUUUUUUUUUUUUUUUUGCUCCGAGAUCUAUUUGCUUCAUUAUAUGCCUGUUUUUAUGACAGGAGGCGAUUCCCCGGGGGGCUUCCUGCCUCAUGCGCGGCGAAGGGAGACUGCAGAGUCGUGGUGUUGAAUAUAAAUCAUAGCGGCAGAGGGGAAGCCCUUGCCUCGUGUCUCCUCCUUUCCCUUCCAAGUUUGUUGCAUUGCAGUUCGUCUGCAGUUCAGGUUUAAAGGUUUAAGUCCCUUUAAAGCACACGUGUCAAACUCAAGGCCCGGGGGCCAGAUCUGGACCGCCACACGAUUUUAUAGGGCCCACAAAGUGUCAAGUUCCAUGAUUUUUGUAGAAAUCUGUACCAAAAUUUCAAAUUGCCAUAUAUCAUAUAUGAUAAAGUUGAGAUAUUACAAGCAAUAGUGAAUAGUUUGAAAAACACGUGACCGUUGAUUUCUGUUCCCAAAAACUAGUUCAUAAAUUGAUGAUGUAAAUAUGAUGAGAUGAUUCAAUAUUUUUGUUCCACAGUAAUAUCAGUCCUCUGAGGGAAACUAGAACAACAAUGUGGCCCGUGAGAAAAAUCAGUUUGACACCCCUGCUUUGAAGUGAAGUUUGUACUAUAACGUAAAAUAUCAUUUUGGUUUUGAUCAUGCUGAUAAAUUGGUUCAUUAAGUCAAAUUGGUUUGCAUUGUACUAAUCCAACGCAGUUACAUGUACAAUUGAGUGGUAAGUGGAACUCUUUGCUAUGAAGCUAUUGUAGUUUUUGUUGAAAAUAUCAUGGGUCUGGCGGGACGGUGGAUCAGCUGGUAAAGCGUUGAUCUUACAGUUCUGAGGUCCCAGGUUCACUCCCGGACCCGCCUGUGUUGUGUUUGCAUGUUCUCCCCGUGCCUGGGUGGGUUUUCUCCGGGAACUCCGGUUUCCGCCCACCUCCCAAAAACAUGUGACAUUAAUUGGACAUUCUCAAUUGCCCCGAGGUGUGAUUGUGAGUGAAUCUGUCUGUCUCUAUGUGCCCUUUGAUUGGCUGGCAACCAGUUCAGUGUGUACUCUACCUCCUGCCCGUUGACAGUUGGGAUAGCCCCCAGCACUCUCUGCGACCCUUGUGAGGAUAAGUGGUUAAGAAAAUGGAUGGAUGAAUGGAUGGAUGGAUUAUGGGUGUGAAAGUAAACUGUCCGUCCAUUUAUGUUUACGUCACUUGGGCUCACUCGGGUUGCAGGUCAUCUGAAGUUUAUCCCGGGUGUAUAUGGGUGAGAGCCAGGGUCCACCCCAAACUGGUCGUCAGACAUCACAGCUGACAUUUAGGAAAACAACCGUUCACACCUAUGAACAUUUACCUAAGAAUAUACCGUAAUUCCCGACUUACAGAGUGCACCUGGUUAUAAGCCUCACCCAGAACAUUUGUAACGGAAAUAUACUGUACAUAACCCACAGCUGUGUAAAAGCCGCAGGUGCCCACAUUGAAACACGAGAUAUUUACAAACAAAGACGGUACACAGAGUUUAACGCUUGCGCUAAUGUUGACGCUAGCGCUGCGCUAACAGGGCCGGUUAAAAAAAAACAUACCAGUAAAAAUCACUGAGACACGGGAGUGAUACGCUAGCAUAGCGCUAACAGGGCCUGGCCGGUAAAAGUCACUUCCUCAGCACAUAUAUUCCACCGUUCUCACUCUUACCUUUUCCGCUCGAGUGCCCCCUUGCGGCCGUCAGAAAAAAAUGCACAAAUUAGCCACGUCACCGCAUAAACCGGAGGGUUGAAAGGGUGUGAAAAAGGCCUUGCCUUAUAGGCCGGAAAUUACGGUAGCAACAUGCAAACUCUACACAGGAUAGAUAUAUUAAUUAUAAUAUUUGAUUCUGGACCUGUCGGCUGCAAGGUGAAUGCACUCAAAUCGCGGCUACUGCGCUGCCCUUGAAAAGGAACAAAAAGGUGAAAUUCAAUGAUGCAUAUUAUUGCGGUUAAUAUUAUGACUUUACUGAGAUUAGAACGUUAUACUCGCAAGAUUAUGACUUCAUUCUCAAAGAAUACAGUUUAAUUCGACUUCUCACUGGGGUUGGAUGAAGUCACUCGAAACGGACUGUGGGUUAUAGGCAAGAAACAUGCCGGACUGGUUGACAGCCAGUCAGAUGGCAACAUCUUUAUUACUGUUGUGUAAUAAAGUCGUAAAUGCUGACCUAAUAAUCGUUGAUGAUUCAAAACAUUUUAACCGGGUGUCAAAAUGGUUGUGUAAAACCUGGACAUGGGAUUACGAAUGUCUGGUUGCAAAAUUCUGACAGAGCAUAAAAUCCCAAAUGAGAGGAAAAACAAUUCCCAUUUAACAUUAUUUACAGCUCACGUAUGGUGGCCUUGAAGUGACAAAAUUGGUGGAGCGCCAUUUUUGUUUGAUUUACAUUUAUAAGGAUCUCCCAGCAAAGUGUACAUUUACUGAGUUGCCAUUAAUAUUCUAAAAAAAAAUUUGGAAACGACUCAGUGGGAAUAGCUUUUGGCACACACGCAUCUAUUAUCACCAACUACUGGCCUGGCAUGGACAUUACAAUGUUUUCUGUCAUUCUCAAGUUGCGUCUUUGUGAAAUUUUCCAGAAACCUGAAGGAAAAAAUAAAAUUUAGACUGUUUUUCUUUGACGGUGGUGAGGAUUUACAAUAAUUCUUCUGCGUAACACAUGUCACAAUCCCGUUUAUGAGACGUACAAACAAGCCAAAGCAAUCACUUGACCUCCUCCGGAGAGGAAAUAAAUGAGCCUCGUCUCUCUCUUUGAUUGGGCUCAGCGGCGAGGAAGAUGCUCCUUUUCCAGGCGUCCCAGAUUAGAUCUCGCUCCUCUCGAGGCUGAGUGGACUCGGAGGCUCAUUAGUGGAACAAUGGUGCUGAUGGAAGGAAGUGAUUUCAAAUAAGGAGCCGGCGCAAUGGUUUCUUCUUUAUAUCCACCCCCCCCCCUUCUAAUCUUAUCGUGUUAGCGAUAACAGACGCACAUUCUCAUCUUGAGAAUGUGCAGCGUCACCCAACACGUGUUCUCGAACACAUUUCUCAUGAGUAAUCGGAAGAUGGAACUGGAACAGCGCUUUGAAGUGAUAAUUCAUCUGUGACUGCAAUAACUACCCAACAGAUUCAAAAGCCACUAAUCAUUGAGGAAGGAUAACUGCGACUACAAUACUAGGAAUAGUGAUUGUAUUAUAGAUAAAUUUUUAUAGAUCAGAGAUUAAAGUCCUGAAAAUUCCUGAAAAUACAAAUGCGAGUACUGAAUGUGAAGUCCUGCUAAAUUUUGGGGGAAAAAAAUGGAUUCUGGCGAUAUUUGUGAACAAAAUUCUGACAAAAAUUGAAAGUGAAAUUUCCAAGUCCUGACCAAAAAAAGAAAAAAAAAUUGGGCAGAAGUUCCCCAAGGGACAAACCCAGAUUUUUUUGCCCCCCCGCACCCCCAUCCUCCUAUCACUGGAUAGCACAAAAUCAUAUUUGUCAUUAAAAUAUACUUAAAAUAUGUCAUCUUAUCUCAAAACAAAUGAAUGAAGUGAACUAUUCAGUAAAAAUACAUCAAAAAUUGCCCUUUUCUCCACAUUACACAUAUUAUAGUAUAGAUAUAGAAUAUACACAAAAAUAUAUCCUCGAAUUUCUACACUGUACAGCAAAACAUCUGUAGUAAUUACUAUUAACGUUUAGGUCUCAAACUUUUUACGUCGCGUUGUACUGAGACACUCAACCAGAUUGCUUACUAUUUUAGAUAUAGAUCUGGCAAUACUCAUAGUAUAAUGAGUUGCCUCUAAUAUUUUUAUAUUUAACUGACUUACCGGGUUUGUCGACCUUUCUAAUGUAAUCGGACAAAAAAAAAUCUUGAACGUGUUCCUUUGUGGCUUCCGUUCUCGCCGAAAUUUCGAAAUCUGCGAGGUAUGCGUUACUGUUACUAGUGUUAGUGCCUCAACGUGGCUACGCUCGUGAGAGCAAAACAACAAACUCAAACGCGUGUUCGUUCAAUGUUGUCAAUUAUAAUCCGGAUUAAUUUUAGGCAAUUUUUCUUCAAUAUUCCGGAGGGAUUUUCAUGAACAUUUGAAAAUCCGGAGGACUUUCAUCACUGAUAGAUACUAAAACGUAGUUGGAACUGUAAUGACAAUCAAGCGCUAAAUCAAAUUCAAUUCCUAGGAUGUGAAACACUGCACUAAAAAUAAUGUUCGCCCACAAAUCUAUAUAGAGUGGAAACUCCGAAGUUGAAACCUUUUUUUCCCCCCCGCACAUUCCAUUUUCCAAGCCGCUUAUCCUCACAAGGGUCACAUGAGUGCUGGAGCGUAUCCUAGCACUCUGUUCACUGACGGUUUGAUUUCCAAGAGAAAAAGAAAAGGAAGAAACACGUUAAGUGAAUUAAUUUGGAGGCCCCACAGGUCAGUGGUUAGAGCAUUUGUUUGUUAAACCAAGAGUCAUGUGUUUGUAUCCCACUGGGGCCUCCACUCCCCGAGAGAGUUGCGUCAGGAAGGGCAUGCGGUGUAAAAACUGUGACAAGCAAAUAUGAGUUCAUCUGAGAUGUCACGUUGUGGUGAUCCCUAACGGGACAAGCCAAAAGAAACUUUUUACAUUAAGUGAAUUAAUUUCAUUCCAAGUUAAUAGAGCCUGUAGUGUACAGGCAAUCUUUUAAAAAACAUUGUAACAUUCCUAAGUAUGACGGGAUAUUUACCAAUAUUCAGUAAAAGUUAAAAAAAAAAAAACUGAGAAAAGCUAAUCACCUACAGUGCCGCUACUGCUAGUUAGUUACUUAUAGUUAAUAUUACCAGGCACAUAACUACCACUAAAUCAAAGCGUUAACAAUCUGACUUUACUUACACCCUGAAAAUGGAUCUUCAAUGGAUGGUACAAUUUACAGAACAGCUCAGUGUCAUUAUUACAAUUAGCAAACAAAACCUCGAUAGCUGGAGGCUAGCGCUUCUUGUUGUCGUGCUGAAAGGCCCGAGAUGAUCUAGCCCAACGAUCAGAUGCUUUAAGUAGUUGUAUUUUCGCAGAUCACAGCAAACAAUUUCUUGAUUUAUCAUAAUUUUGAGGCUUCCGUUGCUAUUUUUUGGAAUUUUUUUAAUCACUUAAAUUUGGCACAGAAUCGUAAAGCGUGAGAUGUAACAUUGUAGUCCAAAUUAUAUAAUCUCUCACUGUACAAAAAUUUCCACGUUAAUAACUGCAUACCUUGUAAGUAUACGUCAUGCCGGAGUGCCACCCCUAAUGUCAAUGAAAGUGUUUCCUCAUUUGUUAGUUAACUGCUCAUUUUCUCAAAAAGGAAACCGCUUUCGAAAUAAUUUCAUUUUUAUUUAUGAAAAUCUAUCGUGCCUGGA